AUCCGGGCGAACCGAGCCGACAGAAAUCCCACUGAGCUUUUAUUUCUGUUUUAUUGCUUUGAUUGGAACAAACGUCGAAAAUGUCCAAAGACGCCCAGCGCGAAAUCCAGAAACCAGCGGCUCAGAUUUGGUGUUAAAAAGAAAGUUUGGAUCAGAACUAAAAUUAGUUGGGUUUUUUCUUUUAGCUUUAUUGUGUUCCGAUCCGGGUUCGAGGUCGGGACAUUUGGACCUGACAUAAAGCAGCGUUUUUCCUCUCAGUUUGGUCUCAUUUCUGCUGUUUUCGCGUUAAUUGUGAGCGCGCCGAGGCUCAGAUAUCACGCAGAAAAAUCAAGGGAUCGAGUCCAUGCGAGCUGCCAUCUGAUCCCCCCUACCUCCUCCACCACUUUCCACACACACACACACACACACACACACACACACGCACACACCUAUCAAUGAAGCAGGAGAUCAUGGCGGAUGGCCCCAGGUGUAAGAGGCGAAAACAAGCCAAUCCGAGGCGGAAAAACGCAGCUCUUAACUAUGAGAAUGUGGUGGAGACGGGCUCAGAGACAGAGGAGGAGGACAAGCUGCCCGUGUCCGAGGAGGACCCCCUGAUCAACGGCACGGGCAGCCCGGCGAGCCUCACCAACCCCGAGGCGUCGCCGCGCGCCGAGAGCCACGGCCUGCUGACCAAGGACGAAGAGGACGACGAGAUGCGGGACAGCGGCGUGGAGCACAUCUGGCCUGACAACGACAUCCUGAGUGCCUCGGUCGACGGUACUGGUGAGUGUCCAAAGCCUCAACCCUGAAGUCUGCAACGCAUUUUGCACAUGGUUUCAUCUAAACCACAUUUGUUUGUGUGAAAACCAAUUUUAAGAGCCUGGUUGAUGGCAGAUGGUAAAAAAGGUGGAUUUGAUGAAGGAAAGAGGUGCAGAAGGGCUGGGAAGUUUCAUCCUGAGUUACCUUGAAUCCCUUCUUGGGCUGGAGGAAGGAUUUGAUUCAAGUUGACUUUACAUAAUCAAUAAAAAUCAAUCGUAAAGGACGGUGAGCUUCUAUAGAGUCCGCAGUGCGGUGCACAGUCCCUGACGAGACAGGUGGAGCGUCUACGAUAUUCCACUAAACUAAUUCUUUCUUUUGCUUUUCUUAGUCUCACCAGAUGUUUGAGGUUCAGGUGAGCUUCCAAUCCCCAAAAACUACCCCUUAAGCUGAAUCCCGGGCGCUUUGUGUGCACAUCCUGCCACUUGUGGAACUUAUCUUAUGCCAUAAACCCCACCCAUCUGGUGCUGGUGUAGACUCAAGCAAACGGCACGGAGCGUUUUGCAAACAGCGAUCAAAGCCGGGUCUGACGACGAUGCCCCCCCUCCAUCUCGGCAGACAGACGUGAUAAACAGUUUCUCCACGAGCGGCAGUGGACCAUUUGGUUAGCGCUUAGAGAAAAGACCCGCUCUGAGCCAAACAGCGGAAAAUAUUUACAGUAAUGUAGGAAAAAACAAUGCAGGAAGGAGGCAAAGCUGCAGAUUGUGCAGGAGAUGCAAGACAUUAAAGGUUGGCAGGUGAUACCUCCCCAAACCUGACUGAGUGAUGGUCUUUUGUUGAGCAGCUCCCAUUUCAGGGGGUGCCAGUCACGGAUGCUUGAAAGAUAAAUACUUUUAAUUAGGGGGCAGGGUAUAAUCAUUAAAGGAAGGCAGACUGCUGCAAAAAAAGGUCAUUAACAAUCUUAAAUGAAAUUUUUAUUUUUAUGAUAGCCAUUUACAUGUAUAAUAAGAGUCAAUGAUUCUUGGAAGCAUGUGACAGGAACAGAGUAUGGCGAGAAGUCAUGUAAGACAGCCCAUCUAAAUGAGCCGGGCCUCGCUAUUCAUUUCUGCUAAUGAACUGGCUGUGCACGGCGCCGAAAGAACGGGGGAACAUUCAGCAGUCUUAAAUUUUAAUACGGAGGGUGUGGGAGGGGGUGGAGUUGCGCAUUUAUUAGGGACGGAAGAAAGAAAAAAACUUCUUCUAAAUAACGCUUCGUGUUGGCUGCUUAAGGGGUGGAAGAAAGAGGAGACGGUUUGGUAAAUAAAUCAAGAUAAAGGAUAAACAAGCUGUCAUUGCAUACGGUAAUUGUUUAUUUGAUAAAGACCUGCGGUGCCAUAAUGUCUGUAAUUCAACUAUGUUGCAAUUUCCAGAUAAUCUGCUUCUUGUGUGAUAAACUGGCUGACAUAUUUCGGAGAGCAAGUCAAGUUCAUUAGAGCGUUUGGGAGUCUCUUUCCCAAUCUUGCGGCUGCUGUGUUUCCCAGCCGGACUUUUUUCUUUUUUUUCUUCCUCCACGGUGCCUUAGUGUCUACAGUGAUACCUCAGCACAUAGCUCGGGCCUGAGAUAAGUCGGCACCCUCCCUCCUUGCUUCACGAUUCUGCUGUCACUCCCCUAUCAGGAGUUGUUAUACAGGUCUCCGAAUGAGACAGAGUGUAGAGGACAGAGACGUUUGUUGGGUCUCUGGGGGUCUGCGUUCAGGUGAAACCUUCAUGGGACGUAUUCUUUGAGCUUCUGGUGAAAGAAGACGAUAAAGACAGUAAAGUAAAGUUUAUCAGGGAUCUCUCUCUGAUUCCAGGGUACAAUCUUGCGCCUGGCGUUGUCCUUGACAUUCCUCAAUCCCACAGCGAAGCUGGACGCAAUGUGCUGGAAAGCAUGACAUCAUUAUCACUGACAGACGUUCUCAAAUAAAUCACCUGCUCUUUUCUAGCUGUUCUCCAGAAGGUCGGGAAGAUUUCUGCCUGUUUGGCUGGUUGUUUUCUGGAAGAGGGCAUGUUCUGUUCCCCCAGAAGGUGCAUCCCUUCCUGAUUCAACAGAAAUAUUCCUGCUCCUAGCUUUUCUCCUCAUUUUCUCCUGUUGCAACUCGCGGGGAAGCUGAUUGAAACAGACGUACGAUUCUGGAAGAAAGAUGUGUUGAAUGGCUCGGUUACUACAUUUCGGUGUCUAGAUGUGAAAUACUGUCAGCUGUUUAUAUGCAAAAAAAACACCAAUAGAAAUAGAAACUGUGUCCUUUUCCUUUAAGUAAUCAUUACAGUUUGUGGUGGUCUGUACAAUUGUACAGAAAUCUACCUAAAUUUGAGUUGGCAACGUGACAAGACCUGGACAGUAAAGUGAUAUGGAUUCCUCUGUAAGCCGUUCCACAAUAGACGUACUGUUUCAGACGUCAAUCCAGCCGGCCAAGACUUAGAUUCCCUGUUAUUUGCUUCUUAAAACACAGAAUAUAACCUGCAGUUCAACAACCGUUUACUCAGACCUGACAGAUUCAGGAUACCCAAGGCUAAAACGCACUAAAGUCGUGGGGGUAGACUUUAAAAGAUCCUGCAACUGCGGUGACUGGCCGUAAAAAUAGGAAUGUUUUGAAAAUAAACACCAUCAGAGCGACUAUGAAAAUAGGUGGAAUUACAGUCGGGCCCCACUGAGGUAGUCUGGGCUCCUCCUGAGCCCCUUCAGACCCCAACAUCACUCUUCAAGGAGGUGUCUGGAGUCGCCUGUGAUUUACUGCUAACAAAAUACCACCAAAAAUGCUUCCCAGGGACACAACAUGCGCAUAUAUUUGGCAUAGAUGUGGAAAUUCUGGCUUCUUUUUGCAGUUUCUGGUGAUUCCGCCACAAUGACACUGAAUCUAGCCCACAGAUCUGUGUGUGU